GUAUCCAGCCUGCAUGGACAGGGCAACAUUUGCCUGUUCCACUGCCUUUUUUCGUGACCACCACAGCUCAUCUCAAGGUGGAUUCUGCCUCCCAGGAGGACACGUUGACUUUAUUGAAAAAGUGGAAUCAUUCACUUACUCGGAUUUUUUCCGGGAUUAUUUGAUUCCCAACCAUCCCUGUAUUUUCUCAGCUAAAAUCACUGAAGACUGGGACAGCAGGAGAAACUGGGUUACUUGGGAAGGAAAGCCUAACUUUGAUUAUCUGCUGCAGAAGUUUGGAGAGGCUCUAGUGCCUGUUGCCAACUGUGAUGUCAAGGAGUACAAUUCUAACCCAAAGGAGCAGCUUCCCUUCAAGGAGUAUAUCAAGUACUGGAAGGAAUACAUUAGGAAUGGCUACCGUUCAUCCCGGGGGUGCCUUUACCUCAAGGACUGGCACCUGAGCAGAGCUUUCCCUGAACAAGAUGUUUACACAACCCCUGUGUACUUCUCCUCGGACUGGCUGAACGAGUACUGGGACGCUGUAGCUGUGGACGAUUAUCGCUUUGUCUACAUGGGGCCUAAAGGGUCAUGGACCCCAUUCCAUGCUGACGUCUUCCGUUCCUAUAGCUGGUCAGCCAACAUAUGUGGGAGGAAGAGGUGGCUGCUGUACCCUGCAGGACAGGAGGAGUACCUGAAGGACCACCAUGGCAACUUGCCCUUUGAUGUGACUGCCCCCAGCCUUCGGGACAAGAGCGUUUACCCUCGCUACAACCAAAGCCAACCCCCUGUUGAAAUUGUGCAGGAAGCAGGGGAGAUAGUUUUCAUCCCCAGUGGAUGGCAUCAUCAAGUUUACAAUCUGGAGGACACCAUUUCCAUUAACCACAACUGGGUGAAUGGCUGCAACGUGGCUAUCAUGUGGGGCUUCCUGCAGGAUGAAUUAGCAGCUGUCCAAAGGGAAAUCAAUCAAUGGAAGGACCCUAUAGAUGAUUGGCACCUACAAUGCCAGUUGAUCCUGAAGUCUUGCACGGGUAUAGACUACAAAGAGUUCUACAACUUCCUCAAAAUUAUUGCAGAGAACAGGAUUUCAGUCUUGGAAAAGGGCCUCGAUGAUGAAGCUUCAGCAAAGAACACUCCAAAAGCUGCCAUUUCCACCUUGGGCAUGCUCCAUGCAGUGUUUGAUUUAAAGAGGACUGUGAAGGUGUUAACAUCAUUGAGUGCUAAUGAAGAUUUCAAGAAGCUAGACCUGACCUCACUUUCUCCACCUCCGGAGGCAUUACUGCACCACUUGAAAGCAGCAAUAGACACAGCACUACUCUAACUUCCUAUUUAUUCAGUUCUUUGUAAAAUGAACCUUUUGCAAAAUGGGUGUUUGUAGAAGACUGACUCCUCCCUGUUUAAUAGCUGUUGCAGUU